AUGUCACUGGUGGCAGUCCCUGAGGUCAUGGGUCAAGCCCAGGGCCUGAUAUUUUUGGCCCCAAGGGCUUCUAAUCCUACCAUCCGAUGGAUGGUUUGGCCCUACCAUCCGGAUUCAGCAAUAUGCAAGUCGCAUCCGAUUGAUGCUCCUUGCAGGGCCAAGGUGGGAUGGCAUCUGCCUGUUAACGGGCUCUUGCCGCUGGCGCUGCUUGCCGGGAUGACAUAUGUGAAGAAAGGAAUGAUUCGGCCAUUGAGGUUAACUGCCGGGCUGGUUCGAAUACCGGGCCACCGCGGUGCUCUUAAACAUUGGGAAGCAACCUUCUGCCGACAUUCAUCAAGAGCCGCCUCGACGGCAAUCACAAAGCUCUUUUUCGACUUGACCAGGUGCCAAGGCCCGUUUGGCUGUCCCUGUCCGGUCGAGGCCGUAGAGAUCAAACGGUACAGUGCACCAGUUGUGGCUGCAAGAUCAUCGACCCAAAAAAAUCAACAAGGACACAUUUGA